GAAGAACAGCGAGUAAGUAAAAAAUCUUACUCGCCUAAAACUCAUGAAAAUCGUGAAAAAUUGCCAAACGGUUUGAGAGGUUGGUAUGUACAUAGACUUCUUGUAAAUGCUGUUGCAAUGUGGGCUUCGCCUCGUUAUGCUUGGUAUGUUUGUAAACUUCUUGACGAAAUUCAUAGACAAGAACGUGAAGAGAUGGAAAACAAGCUUGAAGCAAAAGACAAAAACAUACAGAAAAGAAUACCACGUUCGGUACCAAAAGGAAAGGAAAAGAACUAUAAGUAUAUGAUUUACACUGAAGAGAUGGAAAAUGAAGAAGACAGAGAUAUGGUUAUGUUGCAUUUAGUCAGAAGAAACAACAAAAGCUUUUACGACUUAGCUAAGAUUUACAAAUCUGACAGAAAUUGGUUCUAUCGCGAAAACUUACCGAUUUCAAUGACACCAAAUGAAGAUGUUAAACAGAUAGUUCAAGAUACGUUACCUCAAACACACUAUGAUAUGAAAGGUUGUACAAUACUUACAUUCAAAGAAGAUUUACCGCUACUGAAGGAAAAGAUAACAGAGUAUUUUGACAACUUCAAACAAGCAGAGUAA